ACCACCGACUCCAAUUCAGUGCGCAUGGGUCCACGACAAAAGCAUGGGAUCAGAGAAAGCCAGAAAAAUCUCGAUUACACCCACCCACUCGUAUUCCACCACGCGUUAAUGUACGGCCGCCAAUAAGUUGUUGUUCAACGUUCACCAUUUCAUUCUUAUCUUCAACCCUACAAGUCAUUGCGGCCUAUUCAAAGAAAGAACUACCUAACGCAGAAGCGGCCUACCAUACGCGUCUUGGUGAAAUUUCUUCGACGGUUCUAAUAUCUGUUUAGUUAUCGAUCCUGGUUGUAUAUUGAAAUGAGUCGUCCGCACGAGCAACAUCGUCCUUCCUUCCCUUUUGGGAAUCCAUUCAAAAAGAUAUUUCCUAAGGGUUCAUAUUUGUCUCCAAGGCUUCUAGGAUUGUUAAACACUUUUGAGGAUGCCUUGGCAGAGAGAUUCAGGAAGCUUAAGCCAAGAGACAGGGAAGAUGUCCUUAGCUUAUCAUGGAUGACAUUCGCAAUGGAGUUGCUUUGCCAAACUCAUUCCGACAUAAUAACUAUAAUUACGGAGCUUGAACUCCCUGUCUGUGAUUGGGACGAUAAAUGGAUUGAUUUGUACUUGGAUAAUAGUGUGAAGCUGCUUGAUAUUUGCAUUGCCUUCAGUUCUGAGCUCUCACGGUUCAAUCAGGGCCACCUUCUGCUUCAGUGUGCCUUGCACAACUUGAAUGCCUGCCCCUCAAAGCAGCUUGUACGAGCUUGCUCUUCACUUGAUGGCUGGAGGCAGCACAUUGGUUCAAAGAAUCCCAAACUUCAGAACUGUUUUGCCAUUUUAAAUAGUCUAACUGAGACACUUGACCUGCCUAAAAUCAAGAAUUCUGCCAAAGGAAAGGUCUUAAUGAGAGCGAUGUAUGGAGUUAAGGUGUUAACUGUGUUUGUAUGCAGCACCUUUGCUGCCGCCUUCUCAAGUUCUGCAAAUAAGUUGGUGGAUUUACAUGUUCUAGAGACCUGUUUGUGGGCAGAAGCUUUUGAAGAUGUACAGGCUUAUGUAAAUGAGGAGAUUAGAAAUAUAUUUUCGAGUGGAAGGGCUACGGUAGUGAAGGAGCUUGAAGCAGUUCAUCUAAGUGUCAAGACGUUGUACCCCAUGAUACAAGGGGUGGAUCCCAUUGAAGCUGAAGCACUCCAGACCUCUAUCUCCAAGUUAGGAAAGAGGGCAGAAAGACUUUCACAGGGACUAGAUCUUCUCACAAAGCAGGUGGAUGGCUUCUUCCAAAUUGUCCUAACUGGACGUGACUCUUUGCUUUCUAAUCUUAGAGUUGGCAGUAUUGUCCCUGAUCCUACUAACAAUGUGCAAGGGCAUGGUGUGAGCUGAAUUCCAAUGAUGCUAAACGCCUUGCUGUAUGCUCAUGGACAUAGGUCUAGGUCUAGGUAUGGGCUUUCUUGUUACUUGGUUGAUCAGGGUAUACGUAUUAGUAUGAUGUAUAAUGUUUGUUGUGGACCUUGUAGUGUAACUUGUGAGGUGUGUAAUGUGUUUUAUAUUAUUUAUGAACUGUUUUUUUUUUAUUUGUACUUUUAUUGGAUGCUAGUAUAUAUAAAAUGGUUGUACGAUUUGCAAAAAAAGAAAAAGAAAAAGAAAAA